AUGCUGCAGCCACAGCACGACCUUUCAAGGCAGGAGGAGCACACCCACACACGGUGUUGGGUGAGUGUACUGAGUUGCCUCCUGCUGGCAUGUCUCUAUGUUGGCAGUUUAUAUGUGUGGAGGAGCAACUUACCGAGGGACCAUCCCAGUGUAAUAAAGCGUCGCUGUGCCAGUGUCCUGCUGGUUUCUGCAUUAUCACCUGCAGUUGUAAAGACAUGGAUGCACUGGGAUAAUGUUAUAGUUGAUGUGUCUGUGUGGGAGCUGAUGGGAGUUCGUCUGGAAGGUUUGAUUCCUGCAGCCAUACUACCAUUACUACUGACCAUGGUUUUUUAUCUUGGGCCCCUGGUUCACUCUGCUAUGGACAACCCUGAUGGCUUCACCAGGGAGCUACAGUCUGCUCUGGAUGUUCAGUCAUGGAGGAUGUGUGUGCAAGAUGCAGUGUGGCUCAGGAACCAGGUGGUGGCACCAGUUACAGAGGAACUUGUGUUCAGAGGGGCCAUGCUGCCUAUGCUGGUGCCCUGCACAGGACCAACAGCUGCUGUCUUCACAGCACCGCUGUUCUUUGGUGUUGCUCAUUUCCAUCAUAUUAGAGAACAGCGGCACCUUGACAAGGACAGGAUGGGUGUCAUCCUCCUGGUGGCUGGGAUGCAGUUCUUGUACACAACUGUAUUUGGUGUCUUUACCGCCUUCAUAUUCCUGAGAACUGGUCACGUUGUGGGUCCAGUUUUGUGCCAUUCUUUCUGUAAUAGUCAGGGCCUGCCUGACAUCAGUUCUGCCCUGCAGCACCCUCAACAUUCAGCCCUGCUCUUCUCAUAUCUGAUGGGUUUCCUGCUGUUCCUGGUGCUGCUCUUCCCACUGACAGACCCCUUCUUCUAUGGAGCCAUCCCAGUCUGCAUCCUGGCUCCCUCUCCAGCAUCUGUAUGUUAA